UGCCAUCCUUUGUUUUUGUGGCUAUCUGAGGCGGUUGUUAAGCUGCUUCUCAAUACUGGCAAGGUUGAUGCAGAUGUUCAGGAUAUGGAUGGUUGGACAGCGCUGCAUAUGGCGGUAAAGAAUAGGCAUGAGGCGGUUGUUAAACUACUC